CCUGACCCCACAAGGUGUUAGAAAACGGAUGGAUGGAUUACUAGGAGAGAACACACCUGUUCACAUCGCUGCCUCUACUCUGACACCCCUGAAUAAACAGAAGCCAACUCUUCCAUCUGGUUUCACAUGAGGCUCCUGAUCAGGUGCGCAGAGAAAGUCCAGCUUCCUGCGGUCCGCCAGCCCGGCUGCUGAGUGGGCGGAUGGAGAGGAGGAGGAAGAUCCUUCACCCCAGGGACACCUCUGAGUCUGACCGCUGAGGAAGAGGAGGAGGCCACGUCUUCCUCACCCUUCCUGUGUGAUGGCUGAGGAGGAAGAGGAUGAGGGAUUAAAGGAAGAGCUUCAUCGCUGUUGACAUUGCAGAUGAACGUGAAGCUGAGCGACAAAAUAUUAGAAAUAUCAGAAUCUGGAGCAGCGAGGCGCAGACAGGAGGAGUGGAUCACUCACAGGGAGUCCUCCUCCUCUCCCUCCUCCUUUUCCUCUCCCUCUUCCUCUUCAUCCUCCUCCUCCUCUUCCUCUCCCUCCUCUUGCUCCUCUUCCUCCUCCUCCUCGUCCUCCUCGCUGCUCGCUGCCCGUCUCUCCACCUGUUAGUGCAGACCCUCCGUCUUGUUUGUGCAGGAAUCUCCUCCACUCCCACAAUCAAAGCUUAUGAAGUUCAGAUCUGGUACAGAUCAGAUCUUUGCAUCUGUUCCUGAAACUCGAGAGAAGAAACUUCUGGAUCCUCAGCAGAUUUACAGCAUGAAGGCUGGAAGUGAGGAAGACUGUGGUGUGUUCAGGGACAUCUGGACUUCCUGGUUGCAGGGACAGAAUGAGGAAAUGUUAAAGCCUUCCUGGAGUCUGCACUGGAUUUGUUUUUUGAAGCUUUUUCCUUCAUGUUAAAUAUUAAUAAGCUGAAUUUUCUGCUCAUGUUUCCAUAAGGGAUCGUUUCUGUGAUCCUCCUCCGGUUCCAGCAGGAUGUGCAGCGGCUGGUUGGACUGAAUGAUAAUGUGGGAGGAGGAUUUGAAUCCCAAAGAGACGCAGGCAGGAAGUUUGCAGUAAAUCCUUUUUUCCAGCAGCGUGUUGAAUUAGACGGAGAAUCUGUGGGCAGAUCGCCUCCGCUGCUCCAGAAACAUCAAACCUGAAGCCGUUUUCUAAAAGACUCGGUUUCAAAGCGAAGCUUCAAAUUCCCCCAGAUGAUGUUUGUGUCGUUUCCUCUCAGGCUCACUGAACAGAAAGAUGCUGAAAUAUGUGAGACACGUGAGGAAAAUCUAUAAAUGAAUCAUAAACAGAAACUUUCAAUCAUUAAACUCUGAAUUAUGUCAUUACUUACAGUUUGUCCACAAUAAAACAUUUCUCUGUGUUGAAGGAAAAAAUCUAAUGCAUGCAUUAAUGAAUUUAUAGAUUAAUUGAACAGGAGAAAUUAUGUUUCCUGUUUUUUUAUGCGUUUGGUCGGCCUGUUGUUGUUCCUGAACGCACCGCGGCAGUCUGUUGUUGUUCCUGAACGCACCGCGGCAGCCUGUUGGUGUUCCUGAACGCACCGCGGCAGCCUGUUGGUGUUCCUGAACGCACCGCGGCAGCCUGUUGUUGUUCCUGAACGCACCGCGGCAGCCUGUUGUUGUUCCUGAACGCACCGCGGCAGCCUGUUGGUGUUCCUGAACGCACCGCGGCAGCCUGUUGGGGUUCCUGAACGCACCGCGGCAGCCUGUUGGUGUUCCUGAACGCACCGCGGCAGCCUGUUGGUGUUCCUGAACGCACCGCGGCAGCCUGUUGGUGUUCCUGAACGCACCGGGGCAGCCUGUUGGUGUUCCUGAACGCACCGCGGCAGCCUGUUGGUGUUCCUGAACGCACCGCGGCAGCCUGUUGGUGUUCCUGAACGCACCGGGGCAGCCUGUUGGUGUUCCUGAACGCACCGGGGCAGCCUGUUGGUGUUCCUGAACGCACCGGGGCAGCCUGUUGAAGUAGAGAUUCAGAACCAGCUCCAGAACCUUUCUCAUCAGCCACCAGAACAUUUCCAGAAGUCUUGCGGAUGUUUUGGGCAGUGAGGCCAGCAGAGUUGUUGUUUUGGUUCUUGUUGUUGAGCCUGGAAUUGGAAGGUUCUGGUCCAGACUCUAUGACGGUGCAGAGAGGAAAGAAGCUCAGCAUCUCCAUCCAGGAACACAUGGCCAUAGACGUCUGUCCUGGUCCCAUCAGACCCAUCCGGCAGAUCUCCGCCUACUUCCCCCGCCUCUCCCCCACCUCCCCUAACCCCUCCUCCUCCCCGGUGGCCCUCAGCCCCCCCACUGUGGCGGCGCCGGUGGGCGGGGCCAACCUGCUGUCGCCGCUGCGGACCCAGUGGGGGCGGGGCGGGUCAUCGUCCCAGAACAGCAGCGUGGAAACGUCGGUGGACAUCAACAGCGAGGACAGCGACGACAGCACCGCUCUAGGAACGCUGGAGUUCGAGCUGCGCUACGACAUGAGCUGCAGCGAGCUGCACUGCACCGUGCUGCGGGCCAAGGGUCUGAAGCCCAUGGACUUCAAUGGUUUAGCUGAUCCCUACGUCAAGCUGCACCUGCUGCCUGGAGCCAGCAAGGCCAACAAGCUGAAGACGAAGACGAUCAGAAACACCCUGAAUCCCUUCUGGAAUGAGACGCUGACCUACUCUGGGAUCACAGAGGAGGAUAUGCACAGGAAGACGCUCAGGUUGACCGUCUGCGAUGAGGACAAGUUGACUCACAACGAGUUGAUCGGAGAGUCCCGGGUUCCCCUGAAGCGGGUCAAACCGCACCAGUCCAAACAUUUCCACACCUGCCUGGAGCAUCCGCCGCCGCUGCCGUCCCCCACCGCCAUGGGAGAAGCUCUGAGAGGAAUAUCCUGCUACCUGAGAGAGUGGGAGAAGGAGCAGCUGCACAGCCUGGAGGAGCGAGGCCGCCUGCUGCUCUCGCUGCAGUUCCUGCCCUCCGCUGACGGAGGCGAAGGGCGGCUCAGCGGCGCCCUCUGUGUCGGCGUGAGGCGCUGCGCUCACCUGGCGGCCAUGGACGUCAACGGAUUCUCUGACCCCUACGUCAAAAUAUACCUGAAGCCCGACAUGCAGAAGAAAUCCAAACACAAAACCGCCGUGAUGAAGAAAACGCUGAACCCAGAGUUCAACCAGGAGUUUUCCUAUGACGUCUCGCUGUCGGAGUUGGCCAAGAAAACUCUGGAGGUGACGGUGUGGGACCAUGACCUGGGACGGUCCAACGACUUCAUCGGUGGCGUCUUCCUGAGCUGCAGCUCUCAGGGCGACGCCCUUCGCCACUGGAUGGACUGCCUGAAGAACAAAGGUCAGCGGGUGGAGCGCUGGCACAUUCUGACCAAUGAGCUGCCGCGGAGCUCCAGCCACGACUAAGGACGCCACCUGCGGUCGCCAUGACGCCGCCUGUGGUCGGCGCGCCUUCGUCUCUGAUCAUCUGGAAACGUUUUGGUCGCUGAGACUCCAGCAUGUUUACAGGAUCCGGGCGAUCCGCCCCGUCUUGGACCGACGCUUCACUCUCUGCAUGGAGCCAUUAUUAUUAUUGUUAUUGACUAUUGAUUAUUGAUUGUAUGAUUUGUGAAGUCUUGCAUUUCGGAGCCUUUAAAGUCCCACAGCAGCAUUAGACACAGUCAGAGGAGGCCGGCGACCUUUGACCUUUGCCCUGGUGAUGGAGCCGCCUUCAUCUGGUCCUUCAGGCUCCACCCAUUUAUGGAGGAGAGGCUCCUCCCACCGUCUGACGGUCCGGUACCGGUCCAGUUCCAGGAGCUUCCAGAACCAGAGUCGUGAAAAACUCGAUGAAAUCUGAGUAAAUGUUAGCAACUAGAGAUUACUGAUAAUCCAGAUUACUGAUAAUCCAGAUUGCUGAUAAUCCAGAUUACUGAUAAUCCAGAUUGCUGAUAAUCCAGAUUACUGAUAAUCCAGAUUGCUGAUAAUCCAGAUUGCUGAUAAUCCAGAUUGCUGAUAAUCCAGCUGGCUCUCCAGGGUUCCGUGGUUCUUGUUUGCUCCAGACGAUGUUUUUUUCAGGAUGGUGUCAAAGGUCAGCUGUUCCCAGGAAUCCAGAAAGAGAAUCGAUUCGGUGGAUCAGAAAUGCUCGGCUCCACCAGGAUGACGGGAACAGCCGGAGAACGGGCAUCAAAGUUCGGCUCAACGAUCCGUCACAGAGCCAAACACGUCAACGUUAUUUCCUGUAGUUCUGAAGGUUCUGGUGGUUCUGGUGGUUCACAUGGAAACCCAACGUCAGAUUUUUAAAUCAGAUUUUAUCCAGAAAUACCAGGUUCUGUCUCAGAAUUACUGCAUCAAUGCAGCGUGGCAUGGAGACCAGCUGGAGGUUCUGAUGAGGUUCUGGAGGUCCAGGUUGCUUUGGCAGCAGACCUUCAUCGUUGGUUCGGCCUCUUCUUCCUGACAGAACCUUUUGGAUCGUCUCUGAGGUUCUGACGCUGCGUUGACCGUAGGGUUCAGAAAACCCAGUGGACCAGAACCAGAACCAGUAGAUGGUACCAGAUCAUGACCAGCUGAGGAAACCUCCUGCAACCUGGUUCUGGUUCCGGUUCUGGUUCAUGGCUGCUGUCAUCUCUAGUACUGAUCAUUUUUUCCUUCCAGUCAACUUUCUGAGUCGGUAAAUGUUGGUUUUCGUUCUGUGAUCCAGAAUCAUCAAACGGAUCAGAACCGGGACGACUUUACUUUGAAAAUAGUAAAUUAUUGAACUGUUGGUUCAUUUUGUUAUUUUACUUUUGGACCAAAAUAUUUCACAUUUUUACAAGAUAAAAAUUCAUGAAAGAAACAAAAUCAAAUAAAUUCUUUUUUUUUCUGUUUGCUGAUUUGAUCUUCCAGCUCUUCCAUCAGCUGCAGCGCCUCCUGCUGGCCUCACUCAGAUUAACCCAGACUAGGAUUAGAAGGAGUUUUCUCAUUUAAUCUGAUUUAAUCUUUGGCUCCUUUUGAUUUAUUAACAUGAUUUAAUCUGUUUUAACCUUAAUCUGAGAUUCCACUGAUCUGAAUUUCCGAUUUAAUCUAAACUCCUUCAUAAUUUAAUCUGCAUUUCCUCUUGAUUCAUUUCCAGAUGAACCUUCAUUUAAUCUAGAAAUGAUCUUAAUUUAUUAUUUCCUGAUUUAAAUUAGUUUCUUUUUUAUUUGAUCUGUUUUCUGAUUUUACAUAUUUCAAUCUGAGUUGUAUGUUUUAAUCUGGGUUCCAUUAUAUUAAUCUGGAUUAUAUCCUGUUUUAAUCUGAGUCUUCUGAUCUAAUCUCCUUCCUCAGACUGAAACGUUGCUCUGCUCUUGUUGAUGAUGAAGAUGAUGGUAUAAAUUAAUCCAAGUGGUUCUUCCUCGUCGCUGCAUGGAUUACGUUGAUGUCCUGUUUCUAUGGUAACAGAAACUUCCGGUUGUGUUUACAUUUUUCUGCACGACUGAAUGUUGGACCGUGGCUCUGGAUCGGAUGGUGUUUUUCUGAAACAAUAAAUCCUGGCUGCAGCUCUG